AUGCACCUGGCGGGCAGCCGCGCCUCCACGCCGGCGCAGGGCUCCUCCGGAGGCGCAGCAGCGGCAGCGGCAUGUCCCGGUCCCGGUCCCGGUCCGGAGGACAUCUCCAAGAUCCGGGACGAGGAGCUGCUGAAGUGGGGCAAAGAGGAGCUGGUGCGGCGGCUGCGGAGGGCGGAGGCGGAGAAGAGGGGCGUCAUCGUGGAGCACGGCAAUCUGAUGCGGGAGGUGAACCGCAGACUCCAGCAGCACCUGAACGAGAUCCGGAGCCUGAAGGACGUGAACCAGAAGCUCCAGGAGGACAACCAGGAGCUGCGGGACCUGUGCUGCUUCCUGGAUGACGACCGUCAGAAGGGGAAGCGCGUGUCGCGGGAGUGGCAGCGUCUGGGCCGCUACAGCGCCGGCCUGAUGCGGAAGGAGGUCGCCAUCUACCUGCAGAAGCUGAAGGAGCUGGAGCAGCGGCAGGCGGACGUCAUCCGGGAGAACCUGGAGCUGAAGGAGGUGUGCGUGAUGCUGGAGGAGGAGCGGGCGGCGGCCCUGAGCGGAGGGGGCGGGGCCGGGGCCGGGGGCGGGGCCGGACACGCCGCCCCGGGCUGCAGGAGCUCCAUAGACAGCCAGAGCAGCCUGUCCCAGCUGGGCGGAGGCGGGCCCGGGCCGGGCCUCCUGCGGGACGUGGGGGACGGGAGCAGCACCUCCAGCGCGGGGAGCACGGACAGCCCCGACAACCCCCACCACAAGCCCCCGCCUCCGGGCUCCGGCGCCGGGACGGCGCCCAGGAUCGUCUCCUCGGAGAAACCGGGCGAUGUGUGCGAGUCGACAGGCAGGAGGCACAGCUCCACCCCGGAGUACCACACCUUCCCCCAGUCCUGCCGCCCCCGAGGGGGGUCGCUCACCAACCUGGACCCCCGCGGCCUCAGGGGUCACAGCCCCGAGAAGCACAGCAGGUCCCCGACCCGCCACCCCAAACCCUGCAGCUCGGACCUGCUGGCCCACAAGCAGCUGCUGCUGUCCGGGCAGGCCGGCCCGGGCGGCGGCGGGGGCUCGGCCAAGUCCAGCCCGGAGCUGAGCCACAGGCACCGCAAGGCCAACGCCGCGGGGGCCUGCUGCGGGGGCCCGGACCCCAAACAGACCGCCAUGUUUACCCCCGAACACCUGAGGAAGGGCCGGGUGAUCGUGGGCAGUCCGGAGUCUAUACGGCACCACCACCACUACCAGCACGGCCCCGGGGCCGACCACGGCAAGGCCCGGUACGGAGGGGGCUCCCCGGGCCGGGACGGCGGCCAGCGCCGGGCGGUGGGCGACGACAUGGAUUCCCACCACCAGAGUCUGUACAACGCUCUGAUCUCUGCUGGAUGCUGCACCGGCUCCUGUAGGAGUGUAAAGCUCUGGGACAGCUUUGAUGCCUCCUGACCACGACAUGCCUCGCCAUCAGAUGCUGCUGUGACAACACACACCCCGGGGAGAGAGGGCGGAGGAGGGGACGGGGCGAUCGACACGU